GUUGGGGGUCGGGUCUAUGUGUACUGCAUUCUCGAAUUGUCCCCUGACUAUAGCUACUGUGGAUUUUCAGUAUACAGCUAUCCUCACUCAACGCGUCUGUGUGUCCGGCAAUCUCCAACACAAAUCAACCUGUGAGGUUUCAGUAUGCAGCUUUCCUUACUCAGCGCGUCUAUGUGUCCGGCAAUCGCAAACGUCACUCAACCCGUGAGGUCUCAAAUGUAG